AUGCUACAAUAAUAAUAAACAAAUAAAAGAAUAAAAGGACAUUCUCCAUAAAGAUCACCAGGUAAAUUCUGUUCAAAUUUAUUGAAUAUUAGUAAUAAAUUUGCAGGGACAGGUGGAAGUAAUAAUAUAUAAGUUAUAUAACAUUUUUAAUAGUGUGUUCAUCAUUAGCUCCUAAGAAAAGUUAAGCUCCAUAAAAAGUACCAAAAUCAGGAAUCUUUUAAGCUUUACCUAUGAUUGAAUAGACUUUAUUUAAAAAAUAUUAUGAUCGUGGAGAUCUUCCAAUUGCUGUUAAUUUUAGUGGAGCAGUUAGAAAGAUUGUAUGGAAAUGUGAACCUGAAUGUUUAGAUUAUCAUUUAUAUCUUCCAAUAUUCUUUGAAGGAUUAAGAGAAGUUGAAGAUCCUUAUAAAUUCUUAGCUGUCAAUGGAUGUGAAGAAUUAUUAUAAAAAGGUGAAACUAAGAUAUUAUCUGUAUUACCAUAAUUGAUUAUUCCUAUUAAAAGUAAAUAUAAUAUAUAUAUAUAUUAAAUAGAAGCAUUAGCAACAAAGAAUCAUGAUAUUAUGUGUAUUACAUUAAAGAAAAUAUAGAAAUUAGUCAAAAGUGGUUAAAUGAUAGGAGAAGCAUUAGUACCUUAUUAUAGAUAAAUAUUACCAGUUAUGAAUAUGUAUAAAAAUAAAAGAUGUAUUUAUAUUAUUAUUAUUAUAGUAAAUAUUGGAGAUAAAAUUGAUUAUUCAUAAAGAAAAAAUGAAAAUCUAUCUGAUCUUAUAUAAGAAACAUUAGAAACACUUGAAAAAAAUGGAGGAGAAGAUGCAUAUAUUAAUAUUAAAUAUAUGAUACCAACAUAUGAAAGUUGUAUGUUUUGAUCAUAUANUUUAAAAUACUUAAAAAAAAUUAUUUAUUACAACUUCUCUAACCAUUUUAGUUGAACUAAAUAGUUUACAGUUGAAGAUCUCUAUAAUAUUUUAGAAGUUGUUGAAAUAUCAUGUCAAUCUAAAAAGAGGUAUUUAGAUGCUUCCAAUUAAGUUAAAUUCAGCAGUGAAGCUUAGAGGAAAGUUAAAUAAUUCAUUAGUUUAAGUAUGUUGAAUUAUUAUCAAAAAACAUGA